AUGUUGAUACCAGGCAUGCACAGCGCAGUGCAAGGGGAGGUCACAGGGGAUGCAGUGACCUCCGAGCCCACCAAGCCCACCACGACCACAGCAGCGUGGGGGGCCCUGUGUGAAGAUGUGAUCCAGAUGGUCUACACCACGUGCUUCUCUGACAGCCCAGACUCCAGGCGCGCCAUGCGGCUGGUGUGCAAGCACUGGUCGGAGGCCGCACGGCACGGCAUCAACUCCCUCACCCUCCGUCCACUGUCAAACCUACGGGUUAGCCAGCUCCUUGAUGUGGUGCUCGACUCGUUCCCGGCGGUCACAUCCCUGGACCUGUCGAGGCUGUGGUACUCGCUGCAAGACAGCCAGCUCGCCUGCCUGUCCAGCCUGCACCAUCUCACCAACCUAAACCUCGACUCCUGCAUCAGAAUAGGAGACGAGGGCCUGUCCCACCUGUCCUGCCACACCUCCCUCUCCUCCCUGGGACUGAAGCUCUGCGUGGGGGUGUCAGAGGUGGGGCUGCAGGUGUUUGACAGCUUCCCCAACCUGGCUUCAGUGAGGCUCACCGGAUGCGGGCUGGUGGACGAUGGGGCGCUGCGCUGGCUGUCCAGAUACACCAGCCUGCGGUCCUUGGGCAUACUGGCGUGCCAGAGGGUGACCGAGGUCCCAGCCUUCAGGGGGGUGACCUUCCUGGAGUUUGGCAACUCGGAGCUGGGCGCGAGGGGCCUCAGGGACCUGCCGCGUUUCCCGUGCCUGCGCCACCUCAAGGUGCAGCACCUGCGCUACUGCAGCAUCGACGCCGUGAUCGAGGUGGUGGCAAGGGUGACGUCGCUUACGCGCCUGAGCCUGAGUUACAUCGAUGUGCGGGGCGGCCUGAGGCACCUGACGUCCCUUGAGGGGCUGAGCCACCUGGACCUGAGCUGGGCGGGGGUGGGCGGCAGCGAGUGGCAGGCCCUGACGGCCUUCCCGGCGGUGAGGCGGCUCACGCUGGAGGGCUGUGACCUCGUGGACGACGACUUUCGGAACGUGGGCCGCUUCGCCACCAACCUGGAGUACCUGCGCCUGUCGGGGCUGCAGACGUCGAGGGGCCGGGUGACCAGGGAGGGGCUACAGUCCCUGCGGGCCGCCAUGAAGUCCCCCAUGUUCGUCCUGGACGCGGCGCUGUAUCGGGACUAUGUCACCCGCAGCACGGAGUCCACUUCGGCGGGCCAGGAUCAGGACCAGCCUUUGAUCGAGGGCCUUGUGGGGAACGAGGUUGAGGAUGGGCCCGCAGGCGCCUGA